AUGUCAACCUUUUUCGUUGCCGUGGCUGCUGUCCUCGGUGCAUCGCUCGUGCUGGCUGCGUUGUGGGCAGUACAGCGCAUUCCAAGGUGGGAGUGGGAAUCUUCGACAGUACUCAUCACCGGCGGCAGCGUCGGCAUUGGCCUCGCCACCGCCAAGAGCCUCGCACGCAAGCAAGUCCCAUUUCUCGUCCUUGCAGCCCGUCGCGAGUGUGUGCUGCGAGAGGCAGUGCAGCAGGUGGAAAAAGUCGUCGAGGAAUGCCACAGCUGCACACGUGUGUCAUAUGUAACGAUGGACGUGGCGGACGAAGUCUCGGUCGCUACAGGCCUCGCCCGUGCUAAGGCGCAGUGCGACGGUCGCCCCGUCAACCUUCUCAUCUGCAACGCGGGUUUUGCGCACCCCGCUCGUUUUGUGGACAGCACGAUGGCGCACGCUCGGCAAAUGAUGGAGGUCAACUACUUUGGAUCUCUGGCAGUGCUGUGGAAAGUGCUGCCAGAGAUGCUGGAGAUGAAACGAGGCCGCGUUGUGCUGACGAGCAGCAUGGCAGCCAGGGCACCGAUUGCCGGAUACACGUUGUAUAGUGCCACCAAGGCAGGUCUGCGCGCGUUUGCCCACAGUCUGGACAUGGAGACCAGCUGCCUGGGUGUGCGAGUGCAGGUCGUAAGUCCACCAGACGUGGAGACACCUGGAUAUGCGCACGAAAACGAGGUGAAGAGCCCCGAGUGCGCCGCCAUCUCUUCGUUUGGGGGUGCAAAGCCGUUCACUGCGGAGGCAAUGGCACAGUCCAUCGUUAAUGGCAUCGGGGACUACUCGUUCGACAUCACGCUCGGGAUGGAUGGCAUCAUGCUCAACUACGGCUCUGCCGGGAUGGAGCCGGCGACGAGUGUGGCAGCGCUGCUGACGCAGUCUGUACUUGGCGGCGUGCUGCGGCUCGGGUUGGCAGUGUUUUCUAAGAUACAUUACGGAAUUGUGAGGAAGGUACGCCUGGCAGAAGCGUCGUCAGCACCCCCGUCACGUUGGUAA